AUGUCAAAGAAACGCGUUGUAAUUAUUGGUGCCGGUGUAUCAGGUCUAACAACAGCCAUUCUACUGUUAAAGCAAGAAAAAGGUUACCAUGUCACUAUAGUUGCAAAACACUUUCCCGGAGAACUAUCUGACGAAUAUACAAGUCCAUGGGCAGGCGCAAAUUGGCGAGGUUUUGCAUCAAUCACCGACAAACGACUACAAGAAUUCGAAAAAAAAACAUUAAUUCAUUUUUUCGAAUUGGCUAAAACGAAACCGGCAGAAACCGGGAUCAUGAUCGUUGAUAGUUUUGAUUAUUGGGACGAGCAUAAAGAAGAUUUUAUUGAGCCGUGGUUUUCAAAUUUUUGUCCGGGAUAUCGUCAUUUACAAAAAGAAGAAUUACCUGAUAAUGUAGAAUUCGGGAUUACGUAUAAAACGGUCACUAUUAAUCCUACUAUUUAUCUCGGUUUCUUGCUGAACACUUUUCUCGCUUUGGGUGGAAAUAUAGAACGCAAAGAAUUUUCGCACAUACAAGAUGCAAUUCUCACCGAUACUGAUAUUGUGAUUAAUUGUACCGGAAUACAUUCUAGAACGUUGGGUGGGGUACAAGAUGCGAAUGUAUAUGCUGCACGAGGUCAAAUCGUUAUUGUUGAGUUACCACCAACACAUGUAACAUGGACUUUUUUACGGUAUCCGCGUGGGAGUAAUGAAGGGAUAUUUAAAGGACCAGUCACAUAUGUGAUCCCGCGUAAUAACGGUGAAGUAGUUCUAGGUGGUACGUAUGUUGAGAACGAUUAUACAACAGUUCCGGAUCCUGUAAUUGCUGAAUCAAUAAUAAAACGAUGUUUGACUACUCGACCUGACCUCUUACCUGUUGGUCAAAAAGAACUAAAGAUUAAAAGACAUAGUGUUGGAUUGAGACCUGUUCGGAAAGAUGGAAUUCGGAUUGAAACAGAAUGGAUAAAUUCUUCAUUAGGCCGUGGUAAGAGAGUUUUGGUGUGUCAUAAUUAUGGGCAUGGCGGAUAUGGCUAUCAGUCUAGUUAUGGUGCAGCGUUGCAUUUAAUUGAGGUAAUGAAGAAAUCUUUGAAUAGCAACAAGGCGAGGAUAUCGAAACUUUAA